CGGUCACAUUUUAUUUGUAUAAACAGAACUUAUAAAUAAUUGGUUUUUUAAAACACAUAAUGGCAACACGGAGAAAACGUUUACAUAGCGAUAAUGAAAGAACGAGUAAAAAACAUACUCUUGAUUCGGAUGAAGAAGAUUCUGACCACUACGAACGUGAAUAUAUGAAUGAUAGUGACAUUGAAGGAGGCGAAGAUGGAAUCCCUAAAGUAGAAGACAAUGUAAAGGUGACACCUUUUAAUAUGCGAGAGGAGUUGGAGGAAGGUCAUUUUGAUAAAGAUGGCCACUACCAUUGGAAUAAUGAGGCGGAAAUAAAAGAUAAUUGGUUGGAUAACAUCGAUUGGGUUAAGAUAGAAAAAGGUGACUCAAAAAAUGACGAGCAGGGCUUAAAUUCGUCGGAUAAUUCUAUGGCAGCCCCGGAGAAUCCCUUCAACUUGGCAUCGACUCUAAGACAAAUGUUGGAAUAUUUAAAAGAGGGGGAAAGUGUUCAGCAAGCUUUGAAAAGAUUGGGAAAUCAACGACCAGCGGUAUCAACUUUAGAAAAAAUAAGACAAAAGAAAGCUGGUAUUGUUGAUCCGAGAACGAAAGAUAUUUUGAAGCUAACUGAGCUUGCAAAUGAAGUACUUUUGAAAACUGGCAACAUGAAUAUAUAUGAGGAAACUACGAAAAGCAUUGAGUUAAAGCUCACAGAUUUGCCUGGUACGAGCAAAGCUGCAGUUGAUGGUGAGGUCGACAUGUAUGCUGAUGAUUUCGAUGUGAAAGAGUCUCAGCGUGUGAAAGCGCGUACCACAUCAGAUCAAACUGUGACCAAUUCGUCUGAAGUUAUGUGGGAGUUUAAGUGGACCCAAAACACCGAUGAAAUUCAAGGCCCUUUUACCACAGAGAAAAUGUUAAAAUGGUCUAAAGAAAAAUAUUUCAAAAGUGGAGUAUAUGCUAGAAAAUGUGGCGAAAAAUCUAACUUUUAUUCCAGCAAUAGAAUAGACUUUGAAUUAUAUUUGUAAAUCAAUAUACCACAUUUACGUACAUAAAUACAAGCUAUAAUUAA